AUGCUUCCGGGCGUGGAGCUCGCGCGGCGGCGGCGCGUGCACUACCACGGCGACGUGGCGUCGUCGUCGGCGGAGCACCACUACUACGCGCACGGCCACCACGCGGCGCCCGCGCCGACGGGCGUGGCGGGGCCCACGCUCGCGGCGCGCAUCCGGCUCGAGGAGAAGCUGCGGGGCGCCGCGCUGCCGCCGACCUCGCCGUCCAGGUGGAGCAGGCUGAGGGCGACCCCGAGGCACCCUCCGAGCACCAGGCGGCGAGACGAGCAGCAAGACGUUGUCCCGGCGACCGGCGCCGAGCCCGGGCCCGAGUCCUGGCGGCCGCCGGCUCCCGACCCAGCGGCCCUGCUGCAGGCGGCAGCGGCGGAUAUGCCGGCGUCGACGCGGCGCCAGCGCCGCGCGGAGCUGACGCGGACGCUGUCCAAGGUGGACGUGCGCGAGGUAGAAGAGCUCUUCGGCCGUGGAGCCGCACUGUGGAGUGGGGUGAGUGACCCCAUCGACCUUGAUGGUGACGAAGGUGGUGGUGGAGAAAAGACGGUGAGAACGCCGAUUUACGCACCAGGACCGGUAUCACGCCCCUCUACCUACGAUGUGUGGCAAGAUUUCCGUAAGCUCUUCAAAAUGGGUCCCAAAGGUAAGAAGAUCGUAUGGCGCUAUGCUGCAUCCAUUGCAAAAAACAAGAUCAGGUAG